AUGCGUCCUUCUGCGGGCACAGCAUUGGGUCUAGCGCUUUCUCAGGCUAAUAGCAUCCAAGCCCAAGAAUUGAGUCAAUAUGUGUUGCCACUGACCGGCUCUGUCAAUGGAGGAAACACAUUUCCAGGUGUUUCCCUACCCUUCGGGAUGGUGAAGUUGGGACCCGAUUUAUACACCGGAUCGGAUAGCUACUCGGGGUACCAGUCAACCGGUAGCUUCAUCGGAUUCAGUCUCUUGCAUGAAAGUGGCACAGGUGGCGCGCCGAAAUACGGAGUAGUCUCCCAAAUGCCUGUCGUUGGCACAAUCGACAACCCAUUGACAAACCAAAGUGUUGGUCGAAGCAGCGCGGAUGAGUCGAAAUUAGGUUAUUAUAAGUCGAGUUUAUCCAGCGGUGUUACUGUAGAGUUGGGUGCGACUGGUAAAGCCGGAUUGUUUAAGUACCAAUUUCCGGAAAACAAGGGCGAUUCAAACAUCGUUGUUGACGUUUCUCAUGUGCUACCAUCUUUUCGCGGUCAAGGUCUAGGUCAGAACUAUCUUGGUGGAAACAUAUCCGUGACAACGACAGACGGUGGAGUGAAGUAUCAAGGAUCUGGUUCAUAUGACAACGGCUGGAAUCGCGCUCCAAAAUGGACGGUCUACUUUUGCGGCUAUUUCGACCAGCCAGCCACGUUCAAGACAUUCCUUGGUAAGGACUCGUCAGGCGAAGACUUAGUAGACUUUAGCGAUGCGGAUACACAAGACUCCGAUGCCCGACUCGGUGCUGUCUUCACGUUCGAUAGCACGGAAGUAACCUCGAGAGUGGGAGUUUCGUUCAUUUCAUCCGAGCAGGCCUGCGGCAAUGUUGAUAAAGAGAUACCCUCAGGGACGGCUCUGGAAACUCUUGAAAACAAUGUUGUUAAGGCGUGGAAUGACCAAGUAUUGUCGAAGAUCACCACAACGGAUACUUCCAAUACCACCAGGCUUCAGCUUCUUUACUCGUCCUUAUAUCAUAUGUCCCUCAUACCUACUAAUAAAACUGGAGAGAAUCCGCUUUGGUCGUCAAGUGAGCCCUACUACGACGAUAUCUUCACCUUCUGGGAUCUGUUCCGUUGCACGACGUCUCUUUUGCACAUCCUGCAACCAGUAGUAUACGAAGAAUUCAUCCGUUCGCUUAUCGACAUCUGGAGGAAUGACGGUUUCUUGCCCGAUGCACGAUCUUCGUUUUUCAAUGGUGCGACACAGGGUGGUUCUAACGCAGACAACAUUCUUGCGGAUGCUUAUGUGAAGGGUGUUCGCGGUGCUAUCAAUUGGGAUGACGCAUAUUCUGCCAUGGUCACCGACGCCGAGACCGUACCUCCGAAUAACAAUGACUCGAGAGAUAAGUCUUCCUCAACGAAGGAAGGACGAGGAGCUCUGCCGGAUUGGAUAGACCAUGGGUACAUCACCACGAAGUACGGACGCUCAGUCAGCCGUGCUAUUGAAUACGCUGGAAACGAUUUCGGUCUUUAUCAAGUUGCUAAGGGUCUAGGAAAGGGUGAUGACGCGCAAAAGUAUCUCAACCGAUCGCGUAACUGGCGUAACCAGUGGAACCCAGACUUGGAGGCGUUGGGCUUUUCGGGUUUCCUCGGCCCCAUUGACGAAGACGGCAAUUUCCAGGACCAAGACCCGCUCAGCUGCGGCGGCUGCUACUGGGGUGAUGACUACUACGAGGCUUUGCCGUAUGAGUACUCGUUCAAUGCGCAUCACGAUAUGAAUAAGUUGAUUGAGCUUUCGGGCGGAAAUGAUAAAUUCCUUGCGCGUCUCGAGAAGUUCUUCGAGGGCGGCGUGAGCUCCGGCAAUUCUCAAUUCAAUCACACCCUGUUUAACCCGGGUAACGAGCCUAGCUUCACGUCUCCGUAUCUAUUCAAUUUCGUCGGACGUCAGGACCUAACUGUCAAGCACAGCCGUUACGCCGCUAACAGCUACUACGCCCCGACCCCAGGUGGCCUCCCCGGAAACUCGGAUGCUGGCGCUAUGGAGUCGUGGGUCUUGUGGUCUAUCAUCGGACUAUACCCCAUCACGGGUCAGACUACAUUCCUCAUCGGCUCGCCUUGGUUUAAGGACUUGACUAUCGAUCUUGGUAAUGCUAAGAAGGUAUUGAUCACAACUACUGGCGGUGGUGAGGAUGCAUAUUAUGUGCAAUCGCUCAAGGUCAAUGGGAAGAGUUGGGAUAAGGCGUGGAUUGCGUGGGAGGAUGUGUUUGCUAAUGGAGGAAGGUUGGACUUUGUGCUUGGGUCCGAUCCUGUUAAUUGGGCGACUGGCGAUGCACCACCAAGCCCGGCGACGGGGAGUUCGUGA